CACUCUGCGCCAAUAUAGCAAGGCCAUAAACCACCUCCUUCAGCCUCAAUUCGUUUCCGGGGAUAAGGCGUCGCUUCGUGUCGCUCUUAUCUCCUGCAUGUUAUUAUCUGUCGCCAUCUCUAAGGUCAGGUACCAGUUACUAUAUCUGUACCAUCUCAUAACCAAUAUUAUAGCUGACGCAUGUCUUUGGCCGGAUAACGAGAUGACUUUCGAGACUCACUGCCACGGCUUCUCCUCUAUCAUCAUCCAUGCAAUUAAAUUUUUGGAAGCUGUUCGAGCCAUUCAUAACUCGAACAACCCCGUUUUCCGAUCAGGCUCGGAGCUGUCUCUCUUCAAUGCCGAUAUUGGCUGGACCCCCUCUGUAUUAUACGACCCUCCACUGCCGGGUUCACUGUAUUAGACUCGGAGCCAUCAAACUCCUGCGCGCACUUCCCAGCAAGGAGGGCAUUUGGAAUGCAAUUUUUGUAGCCUCGGUGGCAGAAGAGAUUAUGCAGAUUGAAGAAGGGGACUAUUACAAGGAUACCCCAGUUGACGACGACUUUCCUUUGAAAAGCCCGCCCCAGGACCAGGACCUGAGUUUACCAACGCUGCCAGCGUCGCGCAGGGUACAUGACGUUCAAGUUGUCUUGCCUGACAGCCCGUCAGGAAAAGCGGUGUUGAACUGCAAACGGAAUAAGAGUGAGGGCGGCUACGAAGUCAUAACGAAAGAAUACGUUCUCGGUCCGCCAACUGGAAUCGCAAAGGAAGAGUGUAAUGAAGAUAGAGUUCUAACAGAAGCCUUCGGGGCCACGGGUCUGGCUUUUAACCGUUAAGAAGACAAGAAAUUCUGGCCAAUUGGUCUGUGAGUCAAAGGUCU